AUGGGAAAAUGAUGAAAAUGCCUAUGCCAAGUGUCGACAGUGUGAAAGUGGCAGUGCGAGUGCGGCCUUUUAGUGAGAGAGAGAAGAAUUCUGGGAGCAAAUGUGUUAUUUCCAUGCAUUCCAGGACCACCACCACUAUACAAGACCCUAAGAAUCCAGAACAUAUGAAGACAUUUACAUUUGACCUGGCCUAUUGGUCUCACAAUGGAUUUCAAAAGGAUAAAGAUGGUGUGUUUAUUUCAGCUGAUCCUAGCAGUAAAUUUGCAGGCCAGAGAGAUGUUUUCCAUGAUCUUGGCCGGGGAAUUCUGGACAGUGCUUGGCAAGGCUAUAAUGCCACCCCCCUGGCCUAUGGCCAGACUGGCUCUGGAAAAAGCUAUUCCAUGAUUGGGUUUGGUGCCAACAAGUGUAUCAUCCCAAAUGUGUGUGAAGAGCUCUUUCAAGCAAUUGAGAACCGAGAGAGAAACCAAGAAUACCAGGUUACAUUCAGUAUGCUGGAAAUUUACAAUGAACAGGUAAGAGAUUUGCUGUCUGGAACCAAGAAACCUGGAGGGCUAAAGGGAAGGGAAGACCAACAGCUGGGCUAUGUGGAUGGUCUGAAGUCAGUGUCUUGCGAGAACUACGCACAAAUUGAAAGGCUGAUGGAACAAGGAACAAAAAUAAGGACCACAGCUCCCACCAACAUGAACGCCAGCAGCAGCCGGUCUCAUGUGGUCAUCACCAUCCAGUUCGAGCAGAUUUUCCUCGACGGAGAGCUCACCAAACAAUCCAGUAUUAAUCUGGUGGAUUUAGUAGGAAGUGAAAGGCAGAAAUCUUCACGAUCCAAAGGAGACAGACUGAGGGAAGGAUCACGAGUUAACUUAAGUUCAACCAAUUUAGGAAAUGUUGUCAAUGCUCUGGCCGAUGCAGGCAUGGGGAAGAGAGUCUUGCACAUUCCUUACAGAGAUUCUGUUCUGAGCAAACUGCUGCAGUCACCUCUGGGUGGGAACAGCAGAACCACUUUGAUAGCAGCCGUAAGCCCAGCUGACAUCUGCUAUGAGGAAACUUUAUCAACAUUAAGAUACGCUGAAAGGGCUAAGAAGAUCCGGAACAAAGCCGUGGUCAACACCUCGACUCUGAUGAGAGAGUCGAGGACAGAGAACAAACUGCUGCUCAGAUGGGGAAACUCCAGCAUGGCAGGUUCAUGUGAUGCUGGUCAGGCUGCUUCAAAUGCCAUCACGCUUCAAGGUUUGGGAAUUUCAGAUAAACACACUUCCUUCACAAAUUUGGAUGGUAAAGUGACAGUCACUCCACACAGCAAAUGCAAGGUUGUCGUUAACGGGGUGCCCAUCACGACCAAGACGAAGCUACAGCAUUUGGUGUGGAUUUGGUGAAAAGCCAAGUUUAUCAAUAGGAAAUUCCUAACGGAGGAACUGUACCAGCGCUGGAUGGAAGACAGCCACGUAGCUCAGGAAGACGACCCCUUCUGGGAUCCUGUCGAGGCCGUCCACCUGGGCUCGGCUCACGUCUGGCUCCAGUCUCUUGCCCACUGCGUGGAGUGCGAGGAGCAGGUGGAGCUUGUGAGCUGCGACAGGCUGGAGGCGGCGGUGCUGCGUAUCUGCAUGAGCCCCUGCGCCCCGACAGGACAAGCAUGUGGUGGGGAGGAUGUGGUCAUUGACCCUUUGGAGCUGCUGGGCAAGAGGAUGGAUUUCGAGAUUCGCAUUGUGCGAUGCCUUGGUGUCAAGUGGCUAAAGGAAGACACAGAGCGGGGCGUUCAGAUGGGGUACCGAAUUUAUGAUCUUCCAAACACUUUAUAUACUAAGCCUGUAUGGAAAAUUGUGAAUCCCCAAAUUGAAGAUACUGUGCAAUUUGCAGCCUUAAAUGCAUCUCAGGAGUUCCUGAAUUACUUACAGACAAAUGCUCUCAUUGUUGACUUUUGGGGUCUUCAAGAAGGCUGUGCCGAACUGAGCUGCUCUCAGCCGGACCUCACGGUCACAGGUGAAGUCCACAUCAUGGUGGACACCACGAAAAUUGCCACUGUGAUGAGUACAGGCAAGGCUACAUCAAAUCCGAUAUCAGAACUUUACCUGAAGCUGCUCAAGUUAGAACAGGAGACGGAACUGCUCAGAAACAUUAACAGAACCCUUAGAGAGGAAAACGUGCUUCUCAAAGGGUCACUUGAGAAAACUGGUUCUAGUCAACAAGGUGAGAGGCCACUACAUAAGCCUUCCAAUACCCUGAAGGUAACCGGGAUAACAGCACAACUGCCAGCAGCCCGAGAGAUUAAUCAAAUGUAGACCCAGCCAGCCAGCUAUGACAGAGAAUUUGCCAAAGCUCUUAAGGUGUUCUACCAAAGCAUGAACACGGAGGGGCAGUUUCUCAGAUUGAGACACUUUUAUAAACCUCCUGAAGAUGAUCAAAUGCUUCGGCCAUUUGUACAACAACAGUCACAAAUGUUAAAAGACUUUGGGGACCUACUUGAAUCCAGCUUGUGGAAACUGAAAAAUGAUGUUGCCCUUAUAAUUAAAAAAAACAGAGACUAUCUCACAUCGAAUAAUGAGGAUACACCAACCGAAAACAUUUGA